CGUCACAUUUAGAAUCUGUUGCACAAAUCUCUAUAUACGUCUCAGCAGUAUAUAUAUGAAUCCAAGGAGGAUUAAGAUCGUUAGUUAGAAGACUAAACAGAGUAUAUUUCUCCGUAAGAGAAAAUAAGUAUCUGUAUUCAUCAAGAUUCUGUGUUUCAGUUUUCGUCAAGAUUCCGUGGUUUUCAUAAAGAAUUUUCUCUUCUUUUUUGUUGAGAUCAUUGUUCAUCUAAUUCAGGAGAGAUGGGUGAAGAAAGUGUUGAGAUUAUAAUGGAGGAGGAACACAGUGUAGAUCGUAUUCCAAGAGAAGCAACAAAGAUUUUGAUUUCAUUAGCAUCAAGUUGGGGUGACACAAUUAGUAAAAAUUCAUUCAAAGUCAUCCCAUUAAAAGGUGCAAUGACGAAUGAAGUUUAUCAAAUAAAUUGGGAUACAGAGAAAGGCGAAUUGCCUCAAAAGGUUCUUGUUCGUAUUUACGGAGAAGGCGUUGAUGUCUUCUUCAACAGAGAAGUUGAAAUCAGUACAUUUGAGUGUAUGUCCAAACAUGGACAAGGCCCUCGUCUUCUUGGACGUUUCUCUAAUGGACGGAUUGAAGAAUUUAUACAUGCUCGGACACUAUCUGCGCAUGAUUUGAGAGUCCCAGAAAUAUCUUCUUUGAUAGCUUCAAAAUUGAAGGAGUUUCAUAAGCUUCAAAUGCCUGGUCCAAAGAAUGUCAUUCUCUGGAACAGAUUGAGGAACUGGCUUUCGUCUGCCAAACGAGUAUGUCCUCCAGAAGAAGCAAUGGUGUUUAUGUUGGAUAGUUUGGAUGAGGAAAUUACAAUUUUGGAAAAAGAGAUUUCAGGGGAAAACCAACUGAUCGGUUUCUGUCAUAAUGAUCUCCAGUAUGGAAACAUUAUGAUGGAUGAAGAUACUAAUUUAGUAACUAUUAUUGAUUACGAGUAUGCAAGUUAUAACCCUGUUGCAUAUGAUCUUGCAAAUCACUUCUGCGAAAUGGCAGCUGAUUAUCACUCGGAAAUGCCACAUAUACUAGACUUUAACAAGUAUCCAGAUUUGGAGGAGCGCAAGAGAUUUACUCGUGCAUACUUGAGUUCUUCAGGCGAUGGACCUACAGAUGUUGAUGUGGAUGCACUAGUGGAAGAUGUUGAGAAAUAUACUCUUGCAAGCCAUCUUGUCUGGGGCUUAUGGGGAAUAAUUUCAGAACAUGUGAACGAUAUCGAUUUUGAUUACAUGGAAUACGCCAAGCAAAGAUUUCAGCAGUACCAAUUGAGGAAAGCUAAACUCUUACUCAUGGAUUCUUCUAGUACAAUAGAUGUAGUUACUGAUUGUCCCUGAGAGUCUCAAACCUCUUCUUGUUUUCAUUAUCGUUCACUUUUUAUGUACUUCAUUGCUGAAAUGUUGUAUAUAUUUGAGUUUUACUUUUGAAGAAACAUAUAUAGCUAAUGCUUAGUAAGUAUAUAUAUCAAUAUCUGCCAAAA